AUGGGUAGAACUGAAGAAAACUCGGCUUGGACCGACUCAGUCGUGUCAACUCGAAAGAACUCAGAGGAGUGGCAACCAUUAGCACGAAACUCUGCUCUCCCCGGCCGCCUGAGCGUCAAGGUGGACACUCGACAUGCCAGUGUUGACCAUGGCCGACACAGUUACAACAGGUCCAUCACCCCGGCCGUUGAGAAGGGACACGACCCUUUCCGCGACAGCGACGAAGACGAAGUCGACGACCUCAAGAAACAUCAUCACGAUAUGUUCGACCCGAACCGACCCAAGAUGGCGCUGAAGGACAGACUACACCACUUCACAUUCGCGUGGUUCACUUUCCCGAUGAGCACUGGCGGGUUGUCGCUGCUUAUUUUUGCUCAGCCGCAUCAAUUCCCAGGGCUGAGACAGAUAGGCCUUGCUGUUUACAUCAUCAAUAUCCUCUUGGUUGUCGCAAUCUGCUCGACAAUGCUGCUUCGCUUCUUCUUCAACCCUGGCGACAUGUCAAAGUCCAUCACCCACGAACGAGAGGGAUUCUUCUUUCCAACAUUCUUUUUAACUCUUGCAACUCUUAUAACCAGUACGCAACGAUACGCCAUACCUGAUAACGAUGUGACGUUGGCGUGGGCCAUCCAGGUGGCGUACUGGGGAUAUGUUAUCUUGACACUUGUGCUCGCCGUUGGACAGUACAGCUAUGUCUUUGCAGCUCAUAACUUUGGUCUACAGACUAUGAUGCCAACUUGGAUCUUGCCGAUUUUUCCGAUUAUGUUGUCUGGAACCAUCGCCUCAGUUAUUGCCGACACACAACCCGAAAUCGCAGCCAUUCCUAUUAUUGUGGGGGGUCUCACGUGCCAGGGACUCGGAUUAUCCGUCGCCGUUCUCAUGUACGCACAUAUGAUCGGUCGACUCAUGUCUGCAGGCCUACCCAACCGAGAACAUAGACCAGGCUUAUAUAUGUGUGUUGGGCCCCCAUCUUUCACGGCUCUGGCCCUGAUUGGCAUGGCCAAUGGUCUGCCUGACAACAUCGAGCCUGGUAUGAACGGUAUCAAGAUUGAUCCUGGUAUGAUCCGCACCAUGGCUCUCAUAUCAGCAAUCUUCCUCUGGGCUCUUGCGGCUUGGUGGUGGGGAAUUGCAACCGUGGCAGUCAUCCAAUCUCCUCCCGUUUAUUUCCAUCUUGGUUUCUACGCUAUGGUCUUCCCCAAUACCGGCUGGAUCCUCGCUACUAUCACUAUCGGUAAUGCAUUGGGCAGUGAGCACGUCAAGUGGAUGGGGACAGGUAUGAGUAUUGUGCUGGUCAUUACAUACUUCUACGUUGUCUAUAGACAUGUCAAGGCUUUUAUUGCGCAAGAUAUCAUGUAUACAGGAAGGGACGAAGAUUUCAACGAUCAUUGA